AUGGGGGGUGACCCGUCCUGGAGGAACCAAAACUUGUACUGUACCUAUCACAAGGAUAAAGGGUACACCACCGAGAAAUGUCGGGUGUUAAAAGAUCAUCUAGAGCAGUUAGUGAAGGCGGGAUAUCUGAAAGAGUUUGUGAUGGAUUCAGGAAACCAAGGUACCGGGCAAGGUGCUCAACAAAGAGGAGACCCUCUCCCACCCCCCAUUGAGAGUGAUUGGAGUCAUCCACGCUGCCCAGAGGGGUAUCGUUGUGACCAAGAGAAAAGAAGUGUUGACUGUAGUACCCUAGAAGACUGGUCGGGCAAGCAACCCUCCGAAAAGAAGUUGAAGUUUGCUCGAGAGCCCAUUGCUUUCAACGACGAUGAUUUAAAAGGAACUACUCAACCGCACGAUGAUGCGUUGGUGGUGAUGGCCCGGAUAAACGGUUUCAUAAUAAAAAGGGCGAUGGUAGACCAGGGAAGUGGGGUCGACGUGAUGUAUCCGGAUCUAUUCAAAGGACUUGGACCAAAGAACGAGGACCUCUCGAAGUAUGAUACGCCUAUGGUCGGAUUUGAUAGCAGGGUAGUGAUCCCCCAGAGGAAAAUUUCCCUUCCCGUAAAUAUGGAAGGUAAGGAAGUGGUAGUAGCAUUUAUAGUGGUUGCUUGGUUUUCUCCAUAUACAGCAAUUCUGGGAAGGCCGUGGAUUCAUGCAAUAGUGGCUGUACCAUCCACCCUGCAUGUGAAGGCUAAGUUCUGUACCAAGCAGGGCAUUGCUGUAGUAAGGGGAAGCCAGUAA